GAUCGCGGGGCGGCGGCGGCGGCGGGGCCGGGCCGGGCCCGGCGAAGCCGCGGGGCCAUGACCGAGUACAAGCUGGUGGUGGUGGGCGCCGGCGGCGUGGGCAAGAGCGCGCUGACCAUCCAGCUCAUCCAGAACCACUUCGUGGACGAGUACGACCCCACCAUCGAGGACUCGUACCGCAAGCAGGUGGUGAUCGAUGGCGAGACGUGCCUGCUGGACAUCCUGGACACGGCGGGGCAGGAGGAGUACAGCGCCAUGAGGGACCAGUACAUGAGGACAGGGGAGGGCUUCCUCUGCGUCUUCGCCAUCAACAACAGCAAAUCCUUCGCCGACAUCAACCUCUACAGAGAACAGAUCAAGAGAGUGAAGGACUCAGAUGACGUGCCCAUGGUGCUGGUGGGGAACAAGUGUGAUCUGCCCACGAGGACAGUGGACACAAAACAGGCCCAAGAAUUGGCCAAAAGCUACGGAAUCCCCUUCAUAGAGACCUCUGCAAAAACGAGACAGGGUGUGGAAGAUGCUUUUUACACCCUGGUGAGGGAGAUCCGGCAGUACCGGAUGAAGAAGCUCAACAGCAGCGAGGAUGGGAACCAGGGCUGCAUGGGACUGUCCUGCCUUGUCAUGUGAGAAGGUGACUCUCUCACCUAUUCCAGCUUUCUUCUUGGACAAGAGCUUUCCAUGGCUGCUCCUGCAAAACGUGGCACAGGAAUCCCUUGGAUGCACAUAGAAUUCCAAACAAUUCCAGGUUCUGCUCCCUUCAAUGCUCUGACCAAAGCCACCCUCUAAACCAGAGCCCAAAUGCUUUGUCCUAUUCCAGGGCAGCUUUUCAAUGCCAUCAAGAAUAGAAGCACAAACAGGGAAAGAUUCUUCUUCACCUCAAAACUCUUUUAUCCUCCUGCCCUGUUCAGUUUCACCACUUCCCACCAGGAAUCUCAGUAAGGAGCUCAGAGUUGUCCUGGCAGCAGGCAGGACACAGCAAAUUCUGGCCUCUCUUCACACAGGAGGUGAUUUCCAGUUGCAGGUGAGAUCUGAAGAAGGUCUGAGGACACCCUGAAGGAGGUACAGCCCUCAAAGCCAACCUGCUGGAAACAACCUGCUUCAGAGGGAGGCAGGAGGUGCCUCCCAAGCCGAGAGCUGCUGUGCCAGACCCAGGCUGAGGCAGGAGCUCCCUGACCCACCCUGGGCUGACUGAGAGCUGCUCUCUGUCAGCUACACCUCAGCUGUGGCUCACCACAUCCAGAACUGAUUAUCAAAUCAACAUUAUGGCACAAAGCUUGGAAAAGGCAGUUCCUGACAAGCUCAGGAGCAAACUGUGGCUCCUUGCACCUUCCUUUUAUUUGUUGGCUUCAGCUGUGAAGAAGUGAGGACAUCUGGGCAGCCCUGGGGGUAAAAUCCAGGCUUUCAAACACAUCCCUCCCUCAGGAAAAACCUCAACAGCUCAGGUGAGAGCACAUGGUUUGUACCUAUCCACAGCCCCUGUUCUGAUUGGAAUUUCCUUUAAACCUUUGGUUCAGCACAGAAGGUAUCAGCUUUUAGUCUCUCUUAAAAGACUGAAUUCCACAGAUCACAUUAGAAAGGUGCAGCUGCCCUGGAAAUCAGAAAUCUGGCCAGACACCAGGUGACACUUCACAAAAUGAAAAAUACAAACCUGACUUAAAGAAAAUGAUUAAUUAAAUUUGAUCAAUUAAAUGGAAUAAAAUUUAAUUAAAUUUGA